CUGCUGCUCCUGCUGCUGCUGCUCCUGCUGUUGCUGCUACUGCUGCUGGUGCUCCUACUGCUGCUGCUGCUCCUGCUGCUGCUGCUACUGCUGCUGCUGCUGGCACCGCUGCUGCUGCGACUGCUGCUGCUGCGACUGCUGCUGCUGCUGCCACUGCUGCUGCUGCUGCUGCGACUGCUGCCCCCACUGCUACUGCUGCUGCCCUCGCAACUGCUGCUGCGGUCGCGACUGCUGCUGCCGGCGCUGCUGCUGCUGCAGGCAAAAUGCGCGGCCGAUACUGUUAGCUUCGUGAUCUCCCUCUGCCACGGCUCGCAGUAUCCUAUGAAUGCGGCCUGCAUCACAUGGGCAGUGCAAGAGGGACAAGGAGAAAGCUUCAGACGAGCCGAAACAGCCGAGGCUGUGGUGCCCAAGAUUGGGCAGAUGAGGAAGUUCCAAUUGUACCCGCGCUACUGCGGAGCAAGUAUAGAAGACCGGAGGCUCCUGCCUGAUCAGGAAGACUCUGAGGAGCAGGAACAGAAGAGAGGAAAAUGUCAGGGAGGCGUGUGCAGUGAACGUGCUACUCCAAAGCAACCCAAAAACGGCAACGGACCGCCUACUACAACGUACCGCGUAAAGCACAGGGUGACCCAGCGGUUCGAUGCGGCAGUGGGAGCAAAGCAUGAGCGCGUGCGUAUCUGA